UUAGCGAAAACAGAUAAGAUUAGAAGCGUGCAGAAAUCUCAAUUCAAUCUCAAAUUUCAUCUCAAAAAAGUCUAAAAUGAACGACAUAACAGAAUUGUGUGAAUUGUCAUCUGAAAUUAAUGGUGCCAAAAUUAUAUUUGCAACCAAUGAUACUUUCGGCCUAGCUGAAAAUCUACUUAAAGAGACUGAACCUAAAAAACAGAAAUCAAAAGUGAAUGGAUAUGAAAUUAUGGAUGCGUGGAUAUCUCGAAAAAAACAAAUAUUUUAUGAACAUGAUUUUGUAAUUAUUAAAUUAGCGACGAGAGCUGAAAUACAUUUCAUUUGUGUAGAUACUGCUCUUCUUAUCGACAAUUUUGCACCUGAAUUUUCUGUACAAGCUGGCAAAUUAUUAUUAGAUCCCGAUAUUCCUCAACGUAAACAUAACUUAAACAAUUCUGCCAACAACGAAGACUGGGAAUGUAUUACGCAGUACAAUUCAGAGUCAUGGUUACAGAUAAUCCCGCGACAACCUUUAAAUCCUGGUUAUUCAUCGUUGAGUAAAAAGUAUUUUAUGAUACCGUCGAAAGGAGAAGAAUACUCUCAUGUACGGCUUAACGUCUUCUCAGAUGGUGGCAUAAGUAGACUACGUGUUUACGGGAAAGUGACGAAACCCAUUUUUAUACCCCCAGCUCUGAACAUGCAGAUUGAUCUUGUCUCCAAGAUUUAUGGUGGUAAAUGUAUAUCAUAUAGUAGUUGUUGCAACAACAAACAUCCUAAUAACUUGAUCAAGCCUUCAGAAAGCAUUAACGAUGAAGAUGGUUGGCAAACUGUGAGACGUCUUAUUAGAUUCCCUAAAGAUUUUUCAAAUAGUGCUACAAAUUUAUUUAAUUACUUCGUUGAUGAGACACUCGGAGAAGAAUGGGCUGUAUUUCAACUUUCAAAAAAAUAUAAUAGUAUAAUCGAUUCUAUCAUACUCGAUACAUCAUUUUGCGUAGGCAAAGAGCCGUACGUUGUACAAGUGCAAGGGAUUACAGAAGACGUUUGUCUAAAUGAUACAACUAAUAUAAAUAAUAAACUAUGGCAGAAUAUUAUACCGUGUACUAUCGUGAAUGUUGGCACUAAACAACUAAUUCUUACGCAAAAUCAGACUAAGAACAUGGCUUAUGUGAAACUUUUGAUUAAACCGAAUGGCUGUAUAUCUAGAUUCCGUGUUUUAGGAAAAUUCCGAGAAUAUUAAAUUCCGGAAAUUUAGGAAUAAUGGAAUAAUAACAUAUUUAGGAAUAAUAACAUAUUUAGUAAAAAUGGAAAAUCUGAUUUAGAAUAAUUCGAUAAUGAUGAAACACAAAUUAUCGCGUUUAUCCAACUGGAAAAGAGAUAUUGCUGCUCAUUA